AGGAAGGCGGCCAAAAUGUGAUUUGACGUUUUUUUAUGCUAUCUCAGUCAUCAACACUUUUACACUAAGAGCAACAAAAAAUCAACGCAAUUUAAUGGAUCUGUUCGCAACGUGCUGUGAGCCGAGCAACGUGGCUCACGGAACCCAGACGUUGCAGUUCCAAUCUUGUGCUAGGUCCGAACAGCAUCCUCUGAAGCAACAACAAGUUACAAAGAACGCAGAUGCCUUUUUUAUCUCGGAUUACGCCAUCGGCGUUUGUGACGGCGUUUCAGCGGUCGAAUAUGAAGGAGUGGACAGCUCAAAAUUGCCUCGGGAUUUGGUCUACCACCUAGAAAAACUGCUUGCGAAUAGGGCAAGGGAUCGGAGAGAGUAUUAAUGACUAAUACAAAGUAGUUUUAAAGAAAACCAAUAGAAGACGAGGAGAGAAGUAGGUGUGCUACAAUGAAUUUGUUACAACGACUAUCACAAUUCACAUUGCACCACAGGUGGCGUCUAGAGCGUCGUAAUUUCCUUGAGCGGACAGUGCAGAACGGUGUUUGUGUGUCGCCUGGCCAAAAGCAGGGAUGGGACAACUUCUUUGCUGGUGGCAUUGUGAAGAGCGCUCUCCAGGCUCUCGCGCCCACCUUUGUACCACAAGCAGAAGAAGCACAGGAAAGCCUGCAAGCACUGCGUUUGGAACUUCUUCUGCUAGACAUCGGCUCGCAGGAGGAUGCACGUGAAAUUCUGGAGUCAAUAUUAGGUGGUGGCUGCGCUGACGCUUGGAGGGAACAUCAUCAGGGGACUAGUUCUACGUCUACCUCGUCGACGAAUGAGUGUGAACAACAGCAACAUGCGCAAGCCUCCUCCUCUUCGUCUUGUAGUACAACUCCUAUCUUCCAUUUUACGCGUGCACAUGGCAGAUAUGCAACGAGUGGAGUAGUGCAGAUGACUGCAAGAGGCCUAAAAGUACUUGGUGCCGCUCGAAAUGGGUUGUGUAAACUCUAUCCGGACGACGCGGAGUUCAUACGCGAAGAACGAGCUGGAGUAACCCAGUUCUUGGUACGGUUGUUGUUAUGGCGAGGAAAUCAGUGCUGAUGUAAAUUUGUUUAUUUCAAGUUUAUCUUUAUGGUUCAGCUUUUUUCGGUUUUUGUUUUUUCUAGUUAGAUAGGCUCUAUCAACUUUAUGGUUCAUGUUUGUUGGUAACAAACUCUGCUAUUUUCAACACAUGUAGUUCUGUAGCAGUUGUAGCUUUUUCUUCUAAUAUUCGCCCUCCUCGACUGUUUCUUCGCUGAACGCGUGAGCAGGAGGAGAGCCGCCGAAGCUGCCAGUCUAGAAGCGGCUGCGAAAGCCGGAUACUCCCGUGUGGCUUCACCUACAGGGCUGCUCAAUUUUUGGCCUCCUGCGUUGCUCAGUCCUGCUUCCUUACUCCAUAGUCCUGGUGAAGAAGGCAGUACUAGUAGUAGGAGUAGGACAGUCAACGGGAAUGGUAUUGGAGGUAUCAGUAGUACAUUUCCAGCUUUUUUCUCGUCAGGUGCUCGACUAAGUGGUGGUCCCGCGCUGUUGUCUAGUAAUGUAGCAACACUGGUGCCAUCUUCAGACACGCUGGACGGAUCGGAUCCUGCGCACGAACUGAAUCGCACCGUGUUUUCGCCAAGCAUGAGGACGGCAGAGGAGAGCUCAUCAUCACACGAAUUCGCGUCUCUGAGGGAUGAAUGGUCAUUAAGGUGGCUUAAUCGUGAGGGUCAACUUCAGAACAAGUAUCUAUUGGUGGAGAAUCAUGAGUUUACUGUAUCAAGAACCUCGCGCUGGAGGUACAGGUACAACUUGAACGUGUCUGCAAAAAGAGUAUCAGUAUCUUAAUAUCAUAUCAUCUUUCUAAGAGAAGCCACAGAAGGUCUGCUCACACCAACGGGAUUGACGCCAACAGGCUUGACACCGACAACGGAACUAGGUCAACCAGUGCCUCUAGUACCUACAGAAUCAACAUCUGUACCUCCAGAAUCAACGUCUUCAACCACGGCUGAAGACGUUGAUAAAACAGUUGACUUCUUUCCCGCCAUCCGUGAAACAGCCUCUAGCCCAAUGAAACACGUUGCUACCACUUCAUCUCUCAAAGCAACCAAGCUAUCUAAAAAAGGAGUCUCGGUUUCAGAAGCGGAGACUCAGUCUACCUCUUGCGAAGAAUCAAUCAGUUCGUCGAUAAAAACAGGGACUUCUGCAGCUACGCCGUCAACAUCAGGUGGCUCUGCGCCAAAACUAGGAGAGAUUUUUCUAUCAGUGCCGUCUUUAGGAUCACCAGCUGCGAGAAGUCCAACGACACUGCUGCAGAUGAGAAGCACAGUGACUGCUUCGGCAAGUACAACAAUUAUGCUCGUGUCACGAUCAAUGCUAAACAAACUUCUUGUAACAGUUGCGUUAGAUAUCAUAUAUUUUGAAAUUCGGAAAAAUACAUGGAAGGAGAAGGACCGCUUGCUCCUUGAUGAGUAUCGAUAUUAGAGACAUUCCUGUCUCCCUUCGUUUUGACCUCUGAUAAAUUUGAGGCCACAUCAUUCUCAGUCAGCAUUCUUAGCCCACAUUCCUACUCCACAUCCGUGCCUUCAACUUCUAAGUUUCCUCGUUCCUCAUCUUCUCCGCCCUGGGGUCCACCUAGGAGCGGCAGCCCCUAUCUCACCCGAGCUGACAUAGCAGAGGGAAAACGAAUACUCCUAGACGCUGCCAGAGAGUACACGGACCCUCGAAGUGCACUACAGAUGGCUUUUAAUUUAUGAUGAUCUUGUUCCGAUCGCUUUUACUUUUUUUUUACGUUAGAUUCAUCAACAAAGACGAAGACUUGAUAGAUAUCAACAGCAAAAGCAAGCAUGAGUAGUCGAGCCUCGGUAUUUCGUUUGUCUAGCAGUACCAUCCAAAAGGAAAGCUAAGCUUUAACUUCCUCUAAUCUAUAGAUGUCGAGAUCUCGGGUCUACUACGGCAAUGCUGCUCCUUCUCGAAAGCGAUGUCUUACGCCCUUGCAACCUCGGCGAUUGUGGCUAUCUAUUGCUGAGGAAAGAGGUAUUAAGGGUCAGCGGCUUUAUAUGUUACCGCCUAUUUGAUAUGUUGGAAUUGGGAUGGCCUGGGGGAUCGGAAGAUGGAUGGCCUGGGGGAUUGGGCCGCGGAAGAUGGAUGGCCUGGGGGAUCGGAAGAUGGAUGGCCUGGGGGAUUGGUCAUUUCAAGCACCUUCCUCGCCGCUGUGGAAGUGUGUUUUCGACUAUGCGCGAAAGAUUUUCGACUAUCCAUGAAAUUCUACCCACACUGUACUCGGAACUCAGGGCGGAGCCAUGACGCUGGUUUUAGUUCUGGCCAACGCCCCACUUCCAAUCCCCCAGGCCAUCCAGUUCCGUGAUGCAGAAGGUGGAUGGCCUGGGGGAUUGGAAGUGGCCUAGUGGCCACGCACUCUGCGGCGUUCAAGGAAUGCGCUGAGAAGGGUGAGCGCGUUGCCUAUCAUUUUGUUAUGGACUAGCGCUAUUGUUAUGGACUAGCGCUAUUGUUAUGGACUGGCGCCAAGGCCAAUAGUAUCAGCAGACCACGCGGACAAAAAAGCGAAUCGUUCUGCUUUCACGGAAGUCGUCGAGAAGGGCGAGUUUGGUGGGCAACGAAGCCGCGCUCACCGCCUGUUCCAGGCGCAGCGCCUCGGGGGACUGUGGUAUGAGAAUUCCCAAAGCAAUGGGUGCACACUGGGCCUGGAUCUAUCUCUUAGCGCCCGCAGCGCCAACAUCACCCAGCGGCAGCGGAGCGGCGGAGGCGUACCCCAUUGCCCGGGAAGUUUCUGGAGGUGGCAGCGACUAAGCCAAACAAAAGGCGCGUGAAGCGUGGGCCCACCGCUUGACGCUGCACACGCUCACCGGAGUCUCCUGACACCAAGGAAGAAGCGCAGACGGAAACGCCUGGGGCGCCCGUUUUGGAUGCAUAAGAGUGCCCGCGUGCUUCUGUCUAUGCAUGGCUGGGCCUUGCUGAGAUUCGGGCCGGCGACCUCGUAGGCGGGGCUGAGACAGUCAACCGCUGCGCCAAAACCAACGAACUGCGACCCGCUACGCAACGCGGCUGGUGCGCCGGACAGGUGCGGGGCUUUUUUGCUGUUGAGAGAGCGAGGGGGCGCAGGCCGUGGGUGGCUGUGUUGCUGUUUACUCUUAUGGGCUCCAUCUCCACGCCCUCCCUCAUUGUCUUCCACCCGAGGGCGUUUAACUACGGCGCGCGCGUCACUAUCUACCAGCUGGCCAGUCAUGAAUGGCUUUUUGUUUUUUUAUCUCUUAAUCCAUUCUCAGGAGUCUCCUCAGAGCAGGCGAUCGCCUCGCGAGUGCAGCGUGGGAGGAGAUAGAGACGCUAAUGCGCCAAAGAAGUACGAGGUGGUUGCGCGCUCUGUGUCGCAGCUGCAUGCAUUCAUUAUGGCUUCUUCGUUGUCAGUACUUGUCUUCUUCCUUCAAACGUUCUGUGAAAAGUUAAAAUUCUUCCUCCUAUGCACUGACCUGAUGUAUUGGUUGUUUUUCUCGACAAAUCAAUGAAUGUUUUACUAGACUUCUCCUAACUAGUUCUUCAUCAAGCAUCCGCAAGUACUUAGUUGUUUGUCUUUCUUUCGUCUCCAUCUAACAUCCAUUGUCCGUAUCAGCUGACGCGCAUGCCUGACGUACCAUACGACAGCAUAGAUUUCGAGUGGUCGCAGAGUCAUAGAGCCGAGUUAGCCGAUCCAAUACGCGUAAAAGAAGGAGAUGUCCUCAUCUGCGGAAGCGAUGGCCUAUUCGAUAACGUCUUUGAUUAAGGCUCUCUAUUGCCAAGAUCUUCAUGAGGAUGACUGAAGGUAGUUGUGCUAUAAAAUCGGACUAGAAAUUGUGGCUAGAAAUUGUACAUAUGAAGAUGAGCACAAGAAGGAUGAUAUUACAUGUUCGUUACUACUUAAUCAUCUCAGGACCAGAACCUGCUUUCUUGAAGUCGUGUCACUCCUGCUUUUACGUGCCGUGGUCUUUCUUCUCUCUAAUCUUCAAGUAAGAUUUUAUCCAUUGUUUCCGAAUGUUGUUGCUCAGCUUCUUCUGGGAUCACGGGUCCGGAGGAUGCGGCUGGGGGUGGAGGAAUAGAACCGUUAAGCGAGAAAAAAAUCUGCCAGAGGCUUUUUAAUGAGGCCAUCGCCUGCGCUUACCCAACAGGGCAUCAGACUCCAUUCUUAUGGUGACCAAGAUGAGAGGAUCCUCAGCAUCCUCAUACAGCAUUCAUCAUCAUUGGCAAGAGAGCAUGCUCAACAAAGCUCAGCAUCCAUCAUCACUGAUUGGGCUCUUUCUCAAGCAUCAGUACGUAGAAAAAGAACGCCAACAAGCGCAAGGAUAUAGCUCGUCUCAGGGAUGUGUCGAUGCGGUGGCUCUAAGAUUUUCAAUGGCCUGCAGUGAGCGGUGGGACAGGGAUAUGGCAGGAGGAAAGCCUGACGAUACCACAGUGAUCGUCAGUGUCGUGCGUCGGAAAGGCAGUAGCGGAGCAGAUGAGUUUACUAUUUUUUUUAAGGCUUGAUGAUCGGUCCGACAACAGUGGCGAACUUUUCCAAUUGUGGGAUCCUAGAAUCUAGUCAGGAAUUGGCUUAUUGAUAUUCGGAGUUCUAACUUUUGA